CAAAAAGCACAUCAGACGCUAUCUGUGCGUCUACUUCACCCGUUUUCGGAGACCCUCUUGGUGGAUCCAAAGGUCAGAGAGGUCGGAUGACCUCUGGCACCGAAGAUCCAGUAGAUUGACCACAGCACCGACUUCUCCAGUCCAGAGAUGUCUCAGGUCAUGACAGACAGAUGGAACUAGGGCUGGGCGAUAUGGCAAAAAUAGAAUAUCACGAUUUUUCCAAUAUUUUAUCACGAUUUCGAUUUAUCACGAUUUUUUAUCCAUGAAUAGCAUAACUUCAAUUGCGUAUUAAAGAAGAGAAACAUUGAAUAAAUAAACAUUUAUUCAUAUUAGAAAUAAUCAACACAGUGCUAACACACUUAUAUUUUAAACUCACACCAGAGAUGAUAAAAGCCCUGAGAGAAACAAUUACAAAAAUCAGUUUUUCUCGUUUUUCAAGUAACUUAACAUAAAUUAAAAUCGUAAACAUAUUUAAAGUGCAAACAUGUCAAUUGCAAACGUAUUGUGACGAUGGGUUAGGGUUAGGGUUCGUUAUCAUGUGUUCAGAGCUGCAGAGAGGCUCUGAGCUCCAGCUGCUGGGAUGGAGGCGGGCUGAUUUAGAGGGGACACAUGCAGGCUUGUGUCUCCUUUUUGACCAGAUGUUGAAUGAUCAAACCGUACCUAAAAACUGGCCAUUGCUGGACUUUACAUACAGCACUUUGGUUUGCCUCCUGGCAGUUGGAAAGAGCUAUAUAAAUAAAGAUGAUGAUGAAAAAUCAGGAAAUAAGACUUCGAAACCUGCCGUCUGAAGCUCAGCUGCAUGUGGCUCAUUUCUAGUUUGGUGCUCCCGUAUUUUUAUUCUCCCAGAGUACGACUUACAAGGCUUUCAUUCCUAAUCGAGACCACUACAACUGUAUUGAUUAAAUGAGUGUCCCACACCUUUAUUGUUAGUGAUAAUUUUACAAUGAUUUGUAAAUAAUAUAAACAUAAACAGUGGCUUGUUUUUGCUUAUUUAAUAUUUUACCCUGAGUUGCUGAUUAGAAUUCACAGUUUUAGUAAUUUUACGUUUAUUUUACUGGCUUAAGAUGAAUAUGAAUCAAAAAAUUGUCUGUUUUAAAUUUUGAGAAUGAUAAUCACAUUUUUAAACAAAUGUGUGUUCUUUAUAGAUAAUUUUUCAACAUCCAGAAAGCAAUCUCCUGUUUCACCAAAAGGUUUUAAGCCAAGGUAAGGGCAGUUUUGUUAACAAAAAACAUUUAAAAAUUCAUUCUCGUUAAUUUUAACUAGAUUUAGUGCUGAUGGUCAUAAAGGAUCAAAGUUUUUUAAAGUAUUCACCUAUAAAAUGUCUAUCUUCAGAUGUAUGUUUAAAAAAUGUAUAUGUUAUAGUGAAAUAUGUCAGAUGUUUGUGGCCAACAUUAAGUUUUAAUCAUUUAUUUUAGAACAACUGGAAUUUAGACACAUUAAAAAGGAGGAAAUUCUUCUAAUUAAAAGUACAAGAACUCAACAAAACCAGUGUUCAAAAGCAGAAUAUACAAUUGUUUGUCCCUCACUGGGGAAAUUGCCUUAUUGCAACAGCCCAAGUACAGUAAAAUAGUAGCAGUAGCACACAAGAUAUCACACAGGAUUUAUAGAAGUAAGUAACAUAAUAUUGUUAUAUAACUAACAUAAUUAAAAAGCAUUCAAUUGUAAGUUAAGACAAUUAUUGCACAUAAAAAUGAUAGUAGUAGAAGUUUUGCUGAAAUAUUUGCACAUGAUCAGCAGCUUAACGGCAGCUCAACACAUGCUUUUUGUGUUUUAGAUUAAGAGUUUAAAUAAUAAUGGACUUUUUGUCAGUAAUAAUCUAUAAAUCCUUAUCUACGGGUGUGGAUCUGUAGAAGAAAGCCUCCAUCCAGGCUUUUUACAGUACGCUGACAAAGAGCGUAAUGGUCAGCGGCUUAGAGAGGCCCUCAGAUAGAAUCACCUCCACAGGGAGGGAGGGGGCUGAGGGACUGGAUAGGAGGGGUUUCCACACAAAACAAGCCUCUGAUGUGAGGAACCUUGCUGCGCAUCUUUUACCACGGUGUGGUUCAUGAUAUGAGGAGCGAUGGCAGAGGAAGAGUAUUGAUUGAUAAGAGUAUGAGUUAAUUUUUGUUUCUUUAACAGAAAUCUCAACAUGGGAGCAGAGAGGAGCCACAGACUUGGAAACAGGAGAUAAAGGGCAUGUAACCUAUUUGAAAAACACCAUGGAAAUAGAAAAAAACAUUGGGCGAGUCAACCAAGAUUUUAAAAGAGGAAGCAGAGUUUUGUGUCUCCCCAGUUUGAGCAACGUUAACAAACACUGGAGUCAUGCAGCUAAUGCUCUGUCAACUGGUUUACUAAAUACCAGGACCGCCUGCCAGCCCGUACCUCCCAGACCAAGGCAGAGAACACGAAGUGUGGUUGAUGCUUCCCCACCUUCCCGCGGUUUGCCGUCUGCCUCAGAGUCCAGCCAGCUGAGCCAAUCAGCUCCCAGUGUCAUGGAACCCCUGCUGUGUGCCAAUGUGAUGCAGGCCAGAGUCAACAUUCAGACCCGGCUGGGUCCUCAAAGUGCUUCAAAUGAACAGAAGGGCCCUUUUCCAGUUUUGCGUUCUCGAACACCAAAGCUCUUGGCACCUCUGGAUGGACGAGUUCGAGAUAGCAAAGUUCUGCCAGUGUUACAGCAACACGUUCCCCUAAAACCCAUUAGUCCCCUUUGCACUAGGACCCAGCUGAGUAGAGCGAGGCCAUUCUGGGACAGCCCUUGUCAAAACUAUCCCAUCAAUAAGGCAGGCAGUGAGGAAAGCGGGUCCAGUAGCCAAAGUUCUAUCAAUCUGGAGAACGAGGAUGAUGUGAAAAACAUUCAGGAGACUGCUCAGCUAGCCAGUCAGCCAAAAAUCAGUCAGGAUGGGUUGGUUGAUGGAGAAACUAACAACACAGAGCAAGUCAAAUCAGCAUUUAGUGAAGACAAGAGGGACAUGGGCUUCACAGCUGAAUUGGACGCUGAGAUAGGCCAAGUGUUUGACCUAAAUGAUCUUCAUGGUGAUGAAAGUUAUGAAAGAAACAAACAACAAAUAAAAGAAACCGAGUCGCAAUAUUCAACCAGUGAAAACACUCCCGAGGGCCCAAUAGUUUCCAAGAAGGACAAAAAGACAUUUAAAACUUUGAUGGCAGCCCAGAAUAAGGAGAGAAGAACCAGCGAGAAUUAUGCUUCCAGAGGAAAUAAUCAAACGAAACAGUCUAUGUUUGGAACUAAAGAUCAAAAUAUUUUAGGCUUCAGGAGGACCAAAAUGAAUGUUGAAGAUAAAACCAGGGAAAGCCCUGACUUGACAGUCCCUAAUUACAACACUUUGACCAAAUUCAAGUUAAAGACGAAUUCUAGGAGCACUGCAAGCCCACGUGUGGUUUGUGAACUCCCACAGGACAACGCAGCACACCAGAACACACCCGUGACGGGGCCAAAAAGGGCCCAACAGUUAAAGAAAGCAUGUUCAGGUGGGAAAGCCCAAAGAUCUAAAUCUGCUGUGGAUCUCAUGACCUACCAAAACUUGUUUCAGCAGAUCCAAAGUGAUGAUGAAGGACCAGUCAUGUAUGAGAUGUUUGCCGGUCCCAUUUCUGAAAACUUACAGAUUUCCAGCUCCUGUGGGAGACCUAAAGCAACACAGCUGGAGUCCGCUGCAACUAAAAGAACAAAACAGUACCGCAAAGUCAAACGCAGACCUUUAAAACCAGUACAGACCAAGCUGAAGCGACGCUCAGGGGAAAGUGCAGCUGUUCCAGCUAAAAGCAAAGCAAAACCUAUUUCAUCUUUUAAUAGGAAGGCCAUUCACAGAACAGAAAUUAGUCCUAAACUAGAAGCUGAGGUGGCCCCUGUUAUGGAUGCUAUAAGUCACAAACGUGGUCAAGAGGAGAACGAAUAUCAGACAUUACUGACCAUAGAAGAAGCGGUUUCUAAAUAUGACACAUUAAAAGCUGAUGAUGCAACUCUGACUACGCCAACAUCUUCCAUCCAUGUGAUAGAUUACAGAUUCCUCCAUGAGCACAAACUGUCUCCAGAUUCUCUAAAAACAGAAAAUCCAACCCCAGUACCAGAUGUUGCAUCUUCAUCAAGUCAUCAACAGUCAAAGAUCAAUACAUGGAGGUCUUCUAGCAGCAGCAGCAGCAGCUGCUGCCAUGCCGAUCUUUCACCCGUGUACAAAAAGUUUCUGGAUGAGGUGGGAAACAGUCCACUGACAGAUGACUUACUACAGUGUCUGGCAGAGGAGCUGAUCUCCUUGGAUGAAAGGGAAGUGUCUACAGGUUUGGAAGACCCAGAGCAAAGUAAAAAGAAGCUCAGCCGAGGGGAAGAGCUCGUACCUAGACAAAAUCGAUUUUCAGAGGUUGCUCCAUUAGAAAGAGAUGAUCUUCUUGACUCUGGGUUGGUUGGAGAGAACAAUAUCACAUGGACCAAGGGGGAAGUACUUGGCAGAGGAGCGUACGGCACAGUAUACUGUGGCCUGACCAGUCUGGGCCAGCUGAUUGCUGUGAAGCAGGUUUAUCUGGAUUCCUCCGAUCCUGACGCUGCAAAGAAAGAGUACGACCAUCUUCAGGGGGAGGUGGAGUUACUUAAAGCUCUUCAACACAUCAAUAUAGUCGGCUUCUUGGGUACUUCCCUUUACCAACACGUUGUUUCCAUCUUCAUGGAGUACAUCCCAGGGGGAUCCAUUGGUAGCAUACUUCACAGAUUUGGUCCACUGCCAGAACGAGUCCUGGCCCUGUACACCCAGCAGAUCCUUGAAGGGGUGGCAUACCUUCACCUGAACAGGGUAAUUCAUCGGGACUUAAAAGGGAACAAUAUAAUGUUGAUGCCAACUGGUGUCAUCAAGCUGAUAGAUUUUGGAUGUGCACGACGGCUCAGUUGCUUAAACCACACAGCUUGUAACAGUGGAGAGGUGCUAAAGUCGAUCCACGGUACACCUUAUUGGAUGGCACCUGAGGUUAUCAAUGAGUCCGGCUAUGGCAGGAAGUCAGAUAUUUGGAGUGUUGGUUGCACAGUGUUUGAAAUGGCCACUGGGAAACCGCCACUUGCACACAUGGACCGGAUAGCGGCUCUGUUCUAUAUUGGGGCUCAGAGAGGGUCAAUGCCAGGGCUCCCAGAUGGGUUCUCAGCAUCGGCAAAGCACUUUGUACAAGUCUGUCUGACAAGUGACCAGAAACUACGGCCAUCGGCUAACCAACUCCUGAAGCAUUCCUUUAUCCCAAAGAAGGCAACAAAUGUGAAAUCUCGAGUAACACACUGAAAUAUGCUGGUGAAGGUUCUCAGUCAUCCAGGUCAUGGUAAUCCAAAGGGUUCAAAUGAAGGCAACUGGACUUCUUUGGUUUCUUGAAGACGUUUCGCUUCUCAUCCGAGGAGCUUUGUCAAUUAUAACUGGAAUAUGGGAGUCAAGCUUAUAAGCUGUAGCUGUCUGUUACUUAACGAGCUAAAACAAAAGGCGGGGUAUCCAUUGUAGUUUUGGCUCCUCGGAUGAGAAGCGAAACGUCUUCAAAAAACCAAAGUCCAGUUGCCUUCAUUUGAACCCUUUGGAAUAACACACUGAAACUGUAACUAAAUGGGACAGUGUACAUACUAUUAACCCUGGCAUUUGUUCUGUGACCCACCGUGCUGUAGCGUGGCUAUGGUACUAUAGGAAAAGCUUUAAUUUAAUAUCAAAUACCUUUUCAAAUGGUAUAACUUAUAAAAUUUAAAUGAAUUUCAAAACUGAUGUACGUACAUCAAUAUUCUUUGAAUCCAAGUGUUUUAUUAAUGUAAAUUAUGGCCCGUAGAGCUUAGUCUGACCCACGAUUUCAAUGUGCAAAUGCUCAGAAAAGGGUUUUAGAAGAAUACUCCUGAGGAAUGUCUAACAUUUGAAACCUGCACAAAUAUUAAACAACCAGUUUUUAGAAUCAAGAUGGAAUUUUUUAAAGUUUAUUUAUAAAACUGAAUAGGAGAAAAUGUUAUAGAUUAUUACUUUAAUCUUUUUCCAACUGCUAUUUCAUGUAAAAAUCUUCACAUCAGGUACAUUCCAGGUUUAGCACACUGGAAUAAACCAGAAAUGAAUAAAGAACAGAUUUUGUACAAUGACAGAGGAAAUUUGUGAUAGGGGAAUUCCAUCCACACAUUUUCAUCUGCUUAUCCAAGGUAGGGUCGCAGGUUAAACAACCUAAGCAGAAAGACCCACACUUCCCUGGAGAAACAGUCCCUCCAGCGUGUCCUGGUCUCCUUCCAGUUAGACAUGCACAAAAACCUCACCAGGGAGGCGUCCAGAAGGCAUUUCUCAUUCACUGCCAGCCAUUUCCUGAUCGCUAACGGCCUUCGCUGCCAGCGUUUCUCAGUUUUUACAAGAGUCACAGAACGUUGCACACUAGGAUUAUGUCGAUGCCAAAACAACCAAAACAAAGCGGAGACUCACCUCUUUCAUCAAGAAAAAUCUGUGUGUUUCGAGCGUUAUCCGUUCUUUCAUAAUCCGUUAUUGAAUUGUGAUCGGCAGAUGCUUUUCCGGUUCACGCCUCACUUUUUUUACAGGAACGGCCCAAAACGAUCUCCUAAUACAUGGAUGGUCUGCUUCCUGAUCAUGUGACGUAUGCGGAUGAAGAUCGGCUUCAGGGCUGAGAUGUUUGUUCUCUCAGCGCGGGGGAUCGUUCCGAUGCUCAAACAGUAAAAAAAAAAAUGCAAAUGACGACUAGUCGUCACUGGCAGUGAACGGUUGGAUCUAAAAUGACGACUUUAGUCGUCAAUGGCAGUGAAUGAGUUAACCAGAUGCCACCUCAAAUGGCUCCUUUCAAUGUAAAGGAGCAGUGGAUCUAGUCAGAGCCCCUCCCAGAGGACCGAGCUUCUCACCCCAUCUUUAAGCGAGAGCCUUGUCAUCCAGCAGAGAAAACUCAUUUUGGCCUCUUUUAUCCAUGACCUCGUUCCUUUGGUCACUACCUAAAGCUGGGUGACCAUAGGUGAGAGUUGGAACUUAGAUCGACCGCUAAUUUGAGAGCUUCGCUUUCUAGCCCAGCUCUCUUCACGACAGA